AUGAAUGUUGAUAACCCAAUAAAUUUGGGUUUAGAGAGUAAUAUUAGUAAGGAAACUGUUGGACAUCAGGACAGUAAAGAAAGGCAAAUAGAAUUUGAAAACAUAAAUGCUAAUGACCAAAUAAAUUUGGCUUUACUGGGGAGUAAUAUAGAGGAAACUAUCGGAAAGAAGAAUUUAUAUGGGAAUGUUGAGUGCAAAAAUCUGGUUAAGGGUGGUGAAGGGAAUGUUGAGUGCAAAAAUCUUGUUGAGGGUGGUAAAAUGAUUGUUAGGGAGGAGAAGACUAUGGAAGGGAAUAUUGUAGAGAAGGCGGUUGGAGACAACACAUAUGAGAGCUCAAUUGUUACACUAAAACACAAUCCAAAAGGUAUAAAUAUUGUAGAGAAGACGAUUGGAGACAACAUAGAUGAGACCUCAACUGUUACACCAAAACACAAUCCAAAAGAUGAAGAGGUAGAAGGGAAUGAAGAACAAAUAUUAGAUGAGAAGGGGAAAAAGGGUCAGAAUGUGGAUGAAAGAGGGAAAAGGAAGGUGACUAAUCCAUGUAUUUAUAGAUCAUUUUUUGUGAAUAGGGUAACCGACUUAAGUGAAAAGGUCAGUACCGAACAAGAGAUAGUGACUGAAAUCGUGUUUAGACACGCUCAAGACAAAAAUUCAAUGGAAAUGGUGUUUGAAACCAAGUAUGGAGACAUAAUGGUUAGGGUGCAUUUUGAGGAAAAAUUAUUGGAUUCUUCAAUACCUUUUGUAGAAUGA